GGGCUCAGUGUGGCCUGGGCAGUCGGCGACGUCGGUUGUGCGCCAUGGAGGUCUCCGGGUCCCUGCUAGGCCUCGCCUUGUACUGGGUCGGGGCGGGCUGCGUGGCCUACUUCGCCUACGUCCAGCUCUGCUACGCGGUCUAUGCCCUCCGCAUGUGGGUGCUGGGGAACUCGGGGGCGGUGGGGCCUCACUUGGGCGCCUGGGCAGUUAUCACAGGAGCUACUGAUGGAAUUGGAAAAGCCUAUGCAGAAGAGUUAGCAAGGCGUGGAAUGAAAGUUGUUCUUAUCAGCAGAUCUCAGGAAAAACUGGAUCAGGUUGCCAGAGAAAUAAGAGAGAAAUUCAAGGUGGAAACAAAGACUAUUACUGCUGACUUUGAAGACCGAGAAACCAUUUACAAUAACAUAAAAGCAGGCCUGGAAGGUCUUGAGAUUGGUAUUUUAGUAAACAACGUGGGUGUUUCAUAUUCCUAUCCUCAAUACUUCCUUGAGAUCCCAGAGCUAGAUAAAGCAAUUGAUAAGCUGAUAAACAUUAAUGUCAUAUCUGUGUGCAAGAUGACACGAUUGGUACUGCCUGGCAUGCUGGAAAGGUCCAAGGGAGUAAUAGUGAAUAUUUCCUCUCUUGCUGGGCUUCAGCCAACUCCAUUUCUCACUAUUUAUUCAGCAACUAAGGCUUUUGUGAAUUUCUUCUCUCAAGGUAUCAAUAUGGAAUACAAAAAGAAAGGUGUCAUUAUACAAAGUGUUCUGCCAUAUUUUGUAGUUACAAAAUUGUCUAAGAUUCGUAGACCAAGCACUUUUAAACCUACUCCUGAAUGGUAUGUAAAAUAUGCCCUCAACACAGUUGGUCUUGAGUCCCAAACUUCUGGAUGCCCAGCUCAUGACCUUAUGGCUUGGUUUAGCAAGGUUGUGCCUACAUGGUAUAGCACAAAAAUGAUGAUAGAAACAGCCUUAAAAGCAAGAGCUUAUCAUAUGAAGAAACUAAAGGAAAACUAAGCUGCAUCAUCUUGAUAAGAUCCUCAACAGUUUUGUAUCUACAUUCAAGCACAGAAUGCUUUUGUCAUCUCUUAAUUUUUUGACAGGUGGGUUUUUUUUUGAAGGGGCAGAUUAGAGAUCAGCAGGAAUGGAAAAAAUUCUAAGGGACACAGGAAAAGCAAUGAGUUACUUCAACACUUUGUCGUUCUGCACCAUUGUUUUAUAAUGUAUGUUAGACUAAAUUUAAACAACUAUUGAUAUUCCUAGUUACUAAUAUUACUGAAAUGUAUUUAAAACCAGAAAGGUUUGGAAAAUUAAGUCAGUAUAAGAAAUUUGGUGGAAGUUGAAAUAGAAUAGUAUUGGAAUUUUCAACAAAACAUUGCUAUUGCACUAGUCUGUGGAGUAUUUUCCUAACUAAAAUAUUUUCACUCAUUUUUUGCAUUACAAAAAAUUACACACUGAAUUUGAACAAAUAUUUUUUCUAUAUGUCAGCCAUAGGAUGUUUCUACUAUCAGCCUGAAUUUCCAUAAAUGAAUGACAUCUUCAGGCAUAUGGCACUCAUUUGACCAUUUAGUUAACAGAUGAGAAGGGAGGAGAG